GUUGAAACUGGGAAGUCUGCAGCUGAUGAUUUACCUCCUGGGUGGAUAAAAGAAGUCAAGAUUAGGAAGAACGGCAGUGGCAUUAGGAAAGACCCAUACUAUACAGAUCCAGUGAAUGGUUAUGUAUUCCGUUCCAAGAAGGAUGCAUGGCGCUAUGUUGAAUCUGGAGAUAUAACUAAAUGUCUGUAUAAACCAACAAAAAGACAUAUUGAAGAUGAAGACAGUUCCACUCCGUCAUCUACAGCUAAAAGACAGAAAUUAAAGCAGCCUGCAACCAAACGGCAGCUUUUUCUAGGCAGAAAGAUAUCUAAAAAAAAAAGCACAGAAUUGUCUGAUACCAACAGUUCAGUAAAAGGGCAUAAUGUGAAGACUGUUGAAGCUGUUGUGAAAAUGCAUUCACUUGAGGAUGCAGCUGCAAACGCUCCAGAAAUGAAUAGAACAUCUGAUCCAGGUGCAUUGAAGAAUGCUGAUGAAAAGAAACACAGAAGCCCUGGCAUAUCCAACAAGAAAGGAUUGAGUGUGCCUCACAGAUUUUCAAGACGACUUGCUAGAGCUGAACCUGACCAGGUGUCUGAUUCUGAUAUCAUCGUCCAUGAACAGUCUCUUUUUGUUCCAAAGAGGAGCUUGAGGAAAGGUGAGUUAGAAAACAAAAGCAACAGAAUUUCUGAUGACCAAAGAGAUUUCAGAGAGCAAUCAAAUCACAGUUCUCUAUCCAAUGAUUAUAGCUCCCAAAACUUGAAUGGUACAACAAAGCCAACAGGUGACAUUAGAAAAUCAGGUAACAAAUCAAGUAACGAGAAAGUUCAUCACAUUCCUUAUCGAGCUUCAAAACGACUAGCUGGAUAUGAACCUGAUAUUACUGGCUCCAUGUUAUGUGACAAACCUCCUGAAUACAAGGCUAAAAAGUCUAAAGUUGUGGCCAAUGCAGAAUCACAUCAAAUUGGCAGUAUUCCAUCUAAGGAGCCCGCAUAUCAUGCUUCUACCUCUAUUAAUGUGCCAAGAGUUGGAGAGUCAUCAGGGAGGAGCAAAAGUUCACGUAAAGUCCGACCCAGAACUUGUGAACAAGAGAAACUUGGAGAGAAACAGUUGGAUGAUGAGAAGUCAGAACCUCAACUAUCCUUUGCAUUUCACUAUUCUUGGUCUGAUCCAUCUGUGGAAUUUGCGAUUCAAACCCUCACUGGUGCAUUACCAGUUGAGGAUUCAGUUCACAAGGAGCCUGUUUUUGUUCCUGAAACAGAUGAUGUUGAUAAAACUAAGUUGUCCAAGAAUGUUACAGAAGGUCAGGGGCCUGUUUUGGUUCCUGAAACAGAUUACGUUGAUAAAACUAAAUUGCCCAAGAAUACUACGGAAUGUCAGAGGCCUGUUUUGGUUCCUGAAGCAGAUGCGGAUGAUAAAACUAGAUUGUCCAAGAUUUUUAUUAAAGGCUGCAAUGACAAAAAUCGACAAGUUACUCCAAAGAAAUCCAAGAGUAAGAAAGAGCCUACUUUGCCUCGCAGGUUAUCAAAGCGACUUGCUGGCCAUGAACCUGAAACAGCACCUUCUGAUAGAGCUCUUGAAUAUGCAUCAUCUAAAAAGUCAUGCAAAGAUGAACUAACUGCUACUGCAACUUCAGGCAAUGGAGCAUUGAAGCAUAUUGAUUUUGGGGAAGAGACACAGCUUGAUCUUCAAGCCUCCACAUGUCCCGAAAGUAGAGCACAUGGAGAGUCAUUAAACAAGAAUGAGAAUUCAAAUGAAGUUCAAAUUGAUCCCAGUGAACAGUUACAGAAGGUUGAAGCUGAAAAAGUCCAGGAGGGGUCUGAGACGGAGCUAUCCUUACCGUUUGGGGACUCUUGGUCAGAUACAUGCUUUGAAUUUGCAGUCAAGACUCUCACAGGUGCAUUGCCAGUGGAUGGUGCUGAGGAAAUUUUGCCUGUCAUAACUCCUGAUCUUAAUUGUCCACCAAAUACAGGAUUGCUUGAGAGUGUGGUAGAGAACUGCAUUAAUGAAGAAGCUCUUGAUAACAUGAAACAAUCACAGAAUAACGAAGAUAUUAAUAAGGUUUGCCAACUUUCAAAACAACUCCCAGAUCAACCUGAGUCAUUUAUCAGCUCCACAUCCUGUCAACAUGCUCCUAAAUUUGCUUCUAUAGAAUCUUAUGGUGAUGAUGCCAAGAUAACUUGGAAUUUGAACCAAUCACAGAAGUGUGUAGAUAUUAAUGAGAUUUUCCACCCUUCAAAAGAAUUCCUGGGUCAACCUGAGUUAUUGAUCAACUCUAUAUCUUGUGAAAUGGUCUGCCAGCCUUCAAAGGAUCUUCUAGGGCAUGCUGAGCUGAGAACCAGUUCUACAUCUUGUGAAAAUACGACUAAUUUUUUUGCAAAAGAAUGCCAUGGUGAUGAAGCCAAUAUAACCACUAAUUUGGAUGAAAGAGCAUCCCUGAAUAUUGGAGCUGGAAAUGAAUUUCAAAUUGCCAAUCAAUCUAGAAAUGUAGAUCCAUCAAAACUCGAAGAGUCAUCCUACAAUAUUGGCAAGGUUCUUGGGCAAGAAUCUGGUCCGGCCAAGCAGCCACAACUUGAAACUCGAAUUGAAAGGCAGCAUAAGUCUGACUUGCAGUUUUCUUCUCCACUUGUGGAUUCUUGGUCGGACCCAUGUCUAGAAUUUGCAUAUAAGACUCUCACAGGUGCAAUACCUGUAGAGGAAAACUUAUCAAUUCAAGGAUGCUUCCAGGAACCUGCUAACAACUUUUGUGGGCAGAAGGAUGCUAGCCCAAUGUUGCCUGAUUUUGGACCUCCCAGCUUAUCUCGGGGUGAUAUUUCGUUUCAUUACAAUGUGAAGUCCAUGCCAGGUCAGCAAUCAUCAAUGAGCUCCUCGACAAUCCUACCCCCGGAAAAAGUUGGCCCGCAUUGGUUUCCUGAGUUUGAUUCUCAAAAGCACUAUUCUCAGUCGAGUAAGAAUUCUCAAGGAGGUUAAAAAUCCUAAAUAAUUGCUGGCUAGCCCCAGGAUAACUGUUUAUCGUUGACUGUACUUUAGGUAAUAAAGUCAUUAUGGGGAAGUGGUCGUGCAUUCCUUCUACAAUUAAGCCCUAGACAAACUUUGUUCCUAUUUUCUAAUGGACACAUCUAGAAUCAACUAGGCAGGGAUUUAAGCGACACCCACAGCUUAUGAUUUAUUCUCGUGCCAUAUGACUUGAUCGUUGUUAAUUCUAAAUAUCUACAAAGGUUAACCCCAUAAUGUUAGACCUUGCAAAAAGUUUCAAUCAUUAUUGGUCGUCGUUGUCAAUUCUCAUCCUCGGAUCAAUGUCAUGUCUGUAGCUACUGGAUUAUUGAAAUUUUUGUUCAGUUUUUACAGCA